GGAGGAGGCGGCGCUUUCUGCUGGUGAAAGGGACGAGAAAGAGCAAAAAAGAGCAGGAGGACCAGGUUCCUAAGUGUAAGUGGACAUUUAUGGUUUUUUUGAAUUCAAGAAAAAGGAAUGUCGCAGAGCUCCAAGCAGCAAUCUACGGGACUCCUGAAUGCUGCAAGUAAAGCUCAACAUGGGAACUUCCUAGUGGCUAUUAAGCAGGAGAAAGGCGAGGCCCCUCGAUUAAUUGGGGAAAAGCCCCAUGGCGAAGAGGAGGUGAGCCCCCUGCCGGUGAAAAAGCGGGGCUGGCCGAAAGGCAAGAAGAGGAAGAAAAUCCUUCCGAAUGGACCAAAGGCCCCCGUGACGGGCUAUGUCCGCUUUCUGAAUGAACGACGGGAGCAAAUUCGCAUGCAGCGCCCAGAUUUGCCCUUCCCUGAGAUCACAAAAAUGUUGGGAGCAGAGUGGAGUAAACUACAACCCACAGACAAACAGCGCUAUCUGGAUGAGGCUGAACGGGAGAAGCAGCAAUACAUGAAGGAGCUGCGGGAAUACCAGCAAUCAGAAGCUUACAAGCUGUGUGCUGAGAAGAUGCAAGAGAAAAAAAUCAAAAAAGAGGACGCUGGUGCUGGAACUGUGAAUACAUUGCUGAAUGGAUACAAGAUUGGAGAAAGUGGCAGUGAUGGCUUCUCAACAUUUGAUGUCCCUAUUUUUACAGAGGAAUUCUUAGACCAGAACAAAGCCCGGGAAGCAGAGCUGCGGAGACUGCGUAAGAUGAACACGGAGUUUGAGGAGCAGAAUGCCAUCCUGCAGAAGCACACGGAGAGCAUGAGCUGUGCCAAGGAGCGCCUAGAGCAGGAGCUUGCACUGGAAGAGAGGCAGACAAUGGCGUUGCAGCAACAGCUCCAGACGGUGCGCCAAGCUCUGACAGCCAGUUUUGCCAGCCUUCCCAUUCCAGGCACAGGUGAGACCCCCACAAUGAACACACUGGAUUUCUACAUGGCAAAGCUUCACAGCACCAUUGAGAGCAAUCCUAUACAACACGAAAGGCUGGUUGUCCGAGUCAAGGAGAUUUUGUCCCGUGUUGCCAAUGAGCAUUUGUAAGCAACUGGGACGCAACUUGAAAAAUCUCUCAACUACAGUCUGCCAGGUUGAUGGACCUACACUGCUGUUCGCUGCUCCUAACGCAGCUGCCUUUAUGUAGCAGAUCUUCUCCAGUGCCUCUUCUCUUCAAAGAGCCUUAAGUUGCCUUUUCUGCUCCUGAAAUGCGUAGGAAAACCUCUUUUCUUUCUGAGCUUUGUCCUCUCUUGGCUCUUUCUGAAGUUGCUGGCAGGACAGUAGAUGGUAGAAUGAUAGAAAACCAGUGAGACUUGUCCAUGAUUGCUGGGUUCUGGAACUCUGUUUUCUCCUCCAAAGUACAGAUUUCCAAGCUGAUUUUGUCACAGAAAUGAGUAUUGCAGUCACUGGGAUAUGUGGCUGACUAUUGUGGCUACUAACAGGUCACACAGGAAUAUCAAAAGCAGACCCAGGGAGACCAAGAUUUAUAUAGGCAGAUAUUGGAAUGAUUAGAUGAUGAUCAAUAAGGAUUUUUGACUCCCAGUUAAUUAACAAUAGCAAGUACACGAUGCCUCCUUUAACUCUAAAUUAUACUACUGAGGUUAUGAAAGAUGGAGUUGUGUGAGAGGCCUUUAAACUCAAAUGCUGAUCCUUGAUCCUUAAUUUUCAGCAUUUCAAUUGGUGGAUACAGAAAAAGCAGAAUAGAUCCAAGUCUAAAAACUGCCCUUCCCUCUGAUAAGAGAUACAAAUAAGCAGAUAAUUGAAUUGAAUUCAUUCCACUUGUGUUUUUAAAAUCAGAGCAAAACAUGCUAUUUCUUAUAGUUUACAUCAUCAUUUUAAUUGUCCUAUUGGAACGUUUUAUUGACAGGUAUUUUGGAAUGCUUUUUGGAAUUGAGAAAUGCAUUGCAAAAUUUGAACAAGUACAAAUCCAAGAGAUAGUUAUAUUUUGAUCCAGAUGUCCAUUGGCAGAACAUUUAUCUGAUUAAUUCUCACCAGAAUGUGUUAAUCAUCUCUAAUGAGUUGUUUCAUUGACUGAAUUCAUAUAUGUUAAACCAUGGCUUGCUUAAUCAUGGUUUGUUGAAUAGCUGGGCUCACACAAUUGUACAUUUAAAAAAAGUUAAAUCCUCCUGGUGACUCAAAAUAUGCUUUUUAAAAAGGGACCUGGACUGUUUUUUUUUUCCUUAAGAAGAAGAAGAAGAAAAUGUUUCGCUUCUCAUCCAAGAGAAGCUUUUGAUCCCAAAACAUUUUCUUCUUCCUCAGGGGAAAAAAACCAAUCCAGUUGCCUUUGUAAAAGCACCUUUGAGACAACUAUGAUCUGGAUGAUUGAGAAUCUCUACAGACAUUUUCCUGGUGAGUUAGAGGGAUGUGAGAAUAUUGGCAAAAGGUUGUGGUUGCAUGGCAGACUUACCCAUAUUUACCCAACCAUAGUUUAUCCAAUUUGCCCGACCUACUUAAACAUACACUAACUGUACAGACUGGGUUCACACAACACACUAGGCUGAAACCUGGCUGGCUGCUUUGGGAGUCUGCACUAACAGUCCAUGUGUCAUUUCAAAGACCUACCUAUCUCAAGAAUGGGCAGCUUAUGGCCUGCAGAUCACAAGCACAUUGAUUUAAGUCCCUUUUCAUCUUCUGGGGCAGUAAGGUGAAGAUAGGAAUGAAUUCCUUUUGGGAGUCUUGAACUUCCACCCCGAGGCCAAAAAAAAAGAGUUUCAGCUCAGGAGACUGAUUCUCAAAUAUCGCCAUAAAGUUGAUCUAGCUUAAAGCUGGUGCCAUUUCUCCGAGCUAGAUGGUCAGUGCACAUAUUAUUUUAAAUCAUGCUGAGUAAUCUAUUUUAUACUGGAGAUGCCAAGAAAGUUUUAUUAGUCUACAGCCGUGAUGGCGAACCUAUGGCACGGGUGCCACAGGUGGCACACGGAGCCAUGUUGGUGGGCACGUGAGCAUUGCCCUAUCUCAGCUCCGGUGUGCAUGUGCACGCUGGCCAGCUGAUUUUCAGGAAACUCAGGAAACAGGCUGUUUCCGGCCUCCAGCGGGCCUCCGGGCGGUGGGGAAGGCCGUUUUUGCCCUCCCCAGGAUCCUAGAAAGGCUUUGGAGCCUGGGGAGGGCGAAAAAUGGAUCUACCGGGCCCACUGUACCAUUGCAUGCCAAAAGCGGGGGCCAUGUAAGGGGGUUGCACGCACAUACAUGGGCGCACCGGGUGCAUUGAAUUAUGGGUGUGGGCACGCAUGAGCGCAACCCCUCCAUGCUCCCCCCGCUUUUGGCAAGCAACGGCAAAAAGGUUAGCCAUCACUGAUCUACAGUAAGUUUCAAGAAGUGGAACUUUUCAUGGACUUGCUGCCUUAAUAUUUAAAUACAUAUAAUGUGACCUAAGAUGCAAUUAAUAUUUUUGCAGGGUGAAUGCCCCCCCACCUCAGUGUGCAUUUGUUGACAUUUGCACUGUACACAAUGAAAAGUCUUGCAGAUGAGACACAGAAAUCAUUCCCUCAGGAAUGUGGCAUGAAGUUUUUGGAUUAUUUCUUUUUUAAAGAAAAAAGGUCACAGAUCUUGUGUCUUAAAUCGAAGAUACAUAUAUAGGGCUGGUAGAAUCUCUGAAACCAAACUAGGAGUCUGAAGACAAAUACUCACUUUGUAUGCAAGGAAUUUUCAAAGCCAGUUCCUUCUCCUUGAAAAUAAUGGGUACAAGAUUUUCUGAAGAAAACUGCCUAUGUAGAUUAAGUCUGCUUCAUCUAAAAUAAUGAUAGUUGCUAGAAGCAAUUUAACAAUGUAAAACUUGAGUUGCCUUGGCAUAAAAUAAUGGCUUUAUUUAUUACAUAACAUUGCACCUCUUCCUCAUGACAUAAAUCCAUGCUGAUUAUUAUUGUGAAUGAAUUCUAACUUAGUUUUGUAUUUUCUUAAUGCAUUAGGAUGGGAUUUUUUAACAUAAUAUUUGCAUUUAAAAUUGUAUUUUUAACCUUUUCCUCUCCCCCCCCUUGCAAAAAAAAAAAAAAGCAGUAUGGGAAAUAGUUAUGCUGUCCUGAUGAGGGCAAGUGUUCUUUUUUAAAAAUAAAUAAAACACAUAAAUGUACAAACUUA